AUGUCAGACGAGGAAUUGAUGGAUGAUUUGUUCGGUGGUGCAGAGGAAGAUAUAGAGAAGAAAAGUCAACAAACGGACGAUAAUGACGAUAACGACGAUAAUCUAUCAGAGAGACGUGCAUUGGAGUACAAUGAGGAGGAUAUGCCUACAGAAGGUGUCAUACUUGAGCAGGUUAGAACUGCUACGAUGGAUAUCAACAAUCUACCACCAAUACGAUCCGUAGAUAAGAACUGGCUGGCGAAAAUACCUAACUUUUUAAACAUACAAUCUGCUGGCUUUGAUAGGAAUACAUUCGAGGAUGACGAUAAGAAUUUACCUGAUAACGCAAACAGUUUGAACACUAUCAGGUGGAGGUGGCAUCAGGACAACAGCGGUCAGACUAUAGCUCAGUCUAAUAGCAGAGUUAUCAAAUGGUCAGAUGGUAGUCUCAGUCUACAGGUCGGUUCUGAAAUCUACGACAUGAACACAAACGAGGAUGUCAAAACGGUAUCCUCUUCUGAGCCAAACAACCCACGUCAGUACGCUUAUACGAAUCACGAGAAGAGUGAGGUCGUUAUGGGCGAUACUGUCAUCAAUGGUCAACUCAACUUUGUUCCACCAAGUUUAACCUCAAAUGUACAUAAAAAGUACGCCUCAACAGUCAACGAUAAGCACUUUAAAGCUGCUAGACUUAAGAUGGUGGAUAAAGAAACUGAAGCAAAGGAUCCAGAGAAGGAGCUGUUGAAGAAGAUGGAGGACGACAAGAAGGUAGCCCGUCAGAGAGCCAAGCAAGAGAGGGUAACUGCAAAGAAAGAAGCCGUCGCUAAUGGCACGAACCUCGACUGGAGUUCUGACGAUGAAGAUUUGGCGAGAACGACAUCAAGACGUAUCGGCGCGAGAGGAUACGAGAAGGAGCCAGACGAUGGAUUCGUGGUAGACGACGAAGACGACGACAAGAUGGAGGGAAUAAACGACGACGAAGAAGAAGAGGAAGAAGACGGCUCAGUUGAUAGUUUGGAAGACGCAGAGAAUAGAAUAGAAGAGCAGAAGACUAAUAAAGUGUAUAAGAAGCGUAUUGAAUCUGACGAUGACGAAUAA